GUCCCUCCUCUGCCAUAGUACAGUCAUUAAACGUGCUUAUCUCUGUCCAUUGCCGCGGGGAGGGUGUUAUUGGUGGAUUAUAAUCUCGUUCCUGGAAGCUGCGUUCACCUGUUUUACCUUCACAUUAUCGGCUUGCUGCACAAAAACCUUCUCCGGAGUCUUGUGCUCUCAGUAGCCCAGGAUUUAACCGUUCAGAGCCGUUUGGGAGGCUCUCCUGGAAUUAUUCAGGGUAAUGAAAUGGGAUCCUCCACGUGUUCCUGACAAAGCGAUUCCAUCAAACACCUUCUACGUGAUCGUGGCACUUCAAAAGUAGUUUUCACAAUUAUAACGGAAUCAAGAAUGAAUGGCUAUUUCUCAAACUACAGCCAAGGCGGGUUUCGAAGUAAUUCUCCACAAUCAUCCACAUACGAUUACUCGCCUUCAGUAAAAUCCGACCAAGAAAGGACUGGUAAAAGCAGUGCAAAAAGUCUUUAUGGAGGAGACGGGAUAUUUUUCUUUCGAUCUUCAUCCAAACACAAAAAGAAAGAACAAAGGAGAAACUAUGCUCGCGAUACAUCCAGCAUCAUAUCGGACCGCUCCCAGUAUCACGUCGAGCACUUGACCACGUUUGUCAUGGAUCGGAAAGAUGCUGUGCUCACAGUAGAGGAUGGGAUCCGAAAACUAAAGUUGCUUGAUGCCAAAGGAAAGGUCUGGACGCAGGAUAUGUGUCUCCAGGUGGAUGACAAAGGUGUUAGUCUUUAUGAUAUAGAAUCCAAGAAUGAACUGGAGAACUUUCCGGUGAGCACCAUCCAGCACUGCCAAGCUGUGAUUAAUGUGCUCUCAUACCCCUCCAUUCUUGCACUUGUUUGCAAAGAGCCAUCUCAAAGCAAAGCUGAUCUCCACAUCUUCAACUGUGAGGAGGUCAAGGCAUCAAUCAUCCAACAAGAUAUUGAAAGUGCAAUCAGUGACGGCAAAGGGGGGAAAAUGAAAAAACGACCUGAUGUAUUGAGGGCAAUAACCGCUAGUGACAAUCGAAUUCCACCACCUCCAGGGGACCCAGCGCCUACACCCCCUGGAUCUGUUACACAAGUGGACGUGCGCAGCCGCGUUGCCGCUUGGUCGACCUGGGCAUCUGAAUAUGGAUACUAUGAUAAAUUGAGGCAAAAUGGAGACUGGGACGAAGCUCCAGGGAUGGUAGAGGCACGUAUUGACAGAGAUGUUCAAAUUCUAAACCACCUUCUGGAUGACAUUGAGUUCUUCAUCAUGAAACUUCAGAAAGCUGCCGAGGCUUUUUCAGAGCUCUCCAAAAGAAAGAAAUCCAAGAAGAAGAAAGGUCCAGGGGAGGGAGUUCUCACGCUGCGUGCAAAGCCACCUCCCCAUGAAGAAUUUGUAGAUUGCCUUCAGAAGUUCAAGCAUGCGUUUAACCUUCUGGCCAAAUUAAAGUUACACAUACAGAAUCCCAGUGCCACCGAACUGGUUCACUUUCUUUUCACCCCAUUAAAUAUGAUGGUGGAUGCGACAGGUGGUCCAGAGCUUGCACAAUCUGUUCUGAGCCCACUCUUGAUAAAGGAUGCCAUUGAGUUUUUAAAUUAUGCCCUUAAUACUGAAGAAAAACUACUUUGGGCAAAGCUGGGUGACAGCUGGAGAAAGACACGCGCAGAGUGGCCAAAAGAUCAGUUCAUCCCGCCAUACAUCCCACGUUUCCGGAAUGGCUGGGAACCGCCAUUAUUAAACUUUGCAGGUGUACCAAAGGGGCAGAGUCUCAAUCAGUUGGCUGAAACUAUGGCAAAUGUUGCUGACCUGCAGCGGAAACAAGACUUCAAGAAUUUUCCAACCGAGUUUACAGCUGUCCCCAACUAUCCGCCGUCAGAAGGGAAUCCAGAUAUUCUCUGUACAGCACAACCGAAGAAAUAUGCUGUUUGCAAGUACGACUUUGUGUCCAGGAACAGCAAUGAGCUUUCAGUCUUAAAGGACGACGUACUGGAGGUCAUUGACGAUAAGAAACAAUGGUGGAAGGUUCGAACCUCUAGCGGAACUACUGGUUAUGUGCCAAAUAAUAUCCUGGGCCCAGUAAAAACGCAGGACCAAUCCCAUGGCUCCCCGGAGCCAUACAGUCACACCAUUCAGCUGUUGAUGCCAAAGAAGGAAUUUGAGCGAUUUAAGCAAUUACUUGGAGAACUGUCUGAGAAACAGAAGUUGGAUAAUGUUUUGAAACCAUCAUGUCCUGUCCCUGCAGCUCCUUCCCCUCCUCCAUACCAUAUGCCCAUACCAGCCCCCCCAGUGCCCACCGCAAAUAUUGAGGGCACAUUCACCCGCCGGAGCAGUACUUCUAGUGAGAGUGUCGCGGGUAGUAUUCGGGAGCAACAGCGGUACAGAGAGAUUCCAGUUGAUAGGAGGAAAUCUCAGAUGGAGGAAGUUCAGGAUGAGUUGAUCCACAGGCUCACUAUUGGCCGCAGUGCGGCUCAUAAGAAAUUCACGGUGCCACGACAAAACUCGCCAAUUGUUAACAUUUCCUAUAAUUCAUCAGCUGAGGACGUGAAAAACUGGUUAGAAGCAAAGGGGUUUAGCCCUGUAACCAUCACCAGUCUCGGGGUAUUGACUGGCGCCCAGAUUUUCUCACUCACAAAAGAUGAAUUAAAGACAGUUUGUCCUGAAGGACCAAGAGUCUACAACCAAGUUACCGUGCAAAAAGCAGCUUUACAGGAACUGAAUGGCAAUUCAGAACUCCAAGAAAUCAUGCGAAAACGACAAGAAAAAAUGAAUGCUGCUGCCAGCGAUUCGGGCGUUGACUCAUUUGAUGAAGGAAACAAUCACUGAUUUCCUGCUUAAUUCCACGAUUUUCAGGAGACCUGGAAGGAAGGACGGAUUCUGAGCAUUUGUCCCUGUCCUUCUUUUAACGGACUAGAUCAAGAAGACGAGUUUCUUCCAAUGAGUCCGUCCCCAUUACUGUUUGUAGAUUAAGCCAUGUUGUUUGAUGAAUGUCAUUGAUUUUCUUCCAAUCUCCAUAAAAUAUUUUUUUAUGGAUUAGUAACAUUAAUUUAUUUAAUAAACAUGACACGGGGUGUCUCUAUGGAAUUCUA